AUGAGAUGGGUUGUAAGACUUCUAAUCACAUACAUUGAAGGCGCCGAAUUUGAGGUAUUCUCUGCUGAGUUGUGGGAGAUCCUAAUUUGCUUGAUGGAGGAGUUUUGCAGUACUCAGCCAACAGCCAAUGCAAAUAAUUCCGCGUUCAACAAACCAGUUAGUGAGGUUCCUGUUCUGUGUGUUCAUUCUGUUGGAGAAAAAAUAAAUGAGUUCCCUCUUGUAAAGAAAUAUGUAACUGUUGGGCGCGACCCAAAAUGUGACAUACAUAUUAAUUCUUCAACUAUUUCAAGAAACCACGCUACACUUGAGUUGGACGAAAAUGGUAUCUGUACCAUAACGGACCUAGAUUCGUUGAAUGGAACUAAACGAAACGAUUUACGGUUAAAGUCGAGGACGAGUUAUGAACUGAGGAAUGGAGAUAGUGUACAUUUCGGUGAGGUUAAUUGUACUUUGCAGUUUCGUCAGCGUAGUAUUCUAAACUCACCGGGCGAAAAUGUUCAGUCGAAGAAAUAUAAUGAAAGGGAUUCGGAUACGGGACCUGAUGCACUUGUGAAGUCCAGUAUAUCGAGUGAACGAGUGUUGGAUAUGGAAACUGACAGUUCAGUACUUAGUGAAAAUCUUUUAUCAGAGGUUGUUAUGGAUGUUGGUGAAGUUCCUUGUGAUCUUUUGCCGAAUUCAAAUUAUUUCAUUCUACGUCCACCCUAUUCGUCAAAUAGUACAAAUUUAGAAUCUGAAGAAAACAAAUUUCACAAAGAUUAUUGUACUGGUUCACCACCACUUUUGCGACCGAAGUUGGAAGCAGACAUUUCUGAAGUCCAUCAGGGUAGACGCGAACGCGACGCCCCUCCAAAUAAUGAAGAAAUUCAUCCAGAUUUGAAAGUUAAUCUAUCAAUCAAAUCCAAUACAAGCCAAACUACUGUGGCAUUAUCUACUAAAUCAAGCGAAAACCGACAUUUAUCUUACGACACUACUCUGGCCACACCGAUGUCCUUGUUGAACAAACAAAGUUCUACACCUUGUGGAUAUAGUCGAACAAACCUAGUGCUGGCACGAGACUCUGAUCCAGGUUCUAUUGUCCAGUCUCUGCAUAAUGAUUCUACUGUCCAUUCAUCUGCUUGUACGGUAGCUGAGGAGUCAGUAUCAAGUAUACAAGAGAGUGACUUGAUAAGAACAGUCUCAGAUAAAAGCAUAUUUGAAGAAGAUGAGUCACAGAAGCACGCGUCAAUAUUCCCUGAUAUGCUUAAUGAAAAUGAUGAGCCUAAAGUGGAUUCAAUUUGUAAAUCGUUUGUUGUGCAGCUGGUUAAUGAAACUGAAAAGAAUAUUGCUAACAUGAUUUCAAGAAAAUCACAAGCGUUAGAUACUAAUUUCUCAGAAAAGUGUGGCAGUGAAGAUAUCAUGGUUAAACCCGAAGUAAUGUCAUCUGAAGAAUGCCGUUCAAACGUACUUCGUGACAGAAGUUUCGAGAAACAUUCUUAUAGUAACAACCACGAUAGUAAAGAUGGUAAACUUGCUCACUCAUCUUUUGAAGAAUGCAAAAAUGAAAAGAUAUGUGAUGAUAUUACACAGACAGUACAUAUUCCAUGUGAUAAUGUUUUGUGUAAUGUUUCAGGUGUGAACAGUGCAACCACUGAGAGUUACCAGAAAUCGGAUAUCGCCACUGACCAUCUAUCUUUAACGCCAUUUUUUGAUCUUACUCCGAAUUCAUUGGAUAGGGAGAUUUCUAUGAGAGUGAGUGUGAGUGUCUGCAAAUUGCAGGAAACACAGGUCGAUGAAUUCAAAACAGUUAAAAAUUGUUCUCUAACAACUGAUUCAGCUUUUCAAAAUGAGCCAUGCGGAGAAUCGAGAAAAUCAAUCACAACAUCCAAUAGACAAUCCCCAAAGAAUCUCUCCAACUCAGAUUCUACAGAAAGCGUUUGUAUUAAACCUAAAGUAGGUAGAAAGAGGAGGGCUUGUCCUUACAAUGGAACAGAGGUACUCAUUGAGGAAGAAGCAGUUGGAAAUAUCCGUCGGAAAUCGGAAACUGCGAAAAGGAUUAGUUCCCCUGUUAAAUCUUUACGAAGGUCAAGUCGCUUGAGUUGUCUACGUAAAAACGAAUUUGAAACUCGCGUAAAAGUGGACGCUAUCCCUGAAGAAAGUUGUAAUUCUGCUGUAGCUGACACUGACGCUGAAAAAUAUGAGAAAAUUGAAGAGAAAGUUCUCGAAGUAUCAGUCAUAAAUUUGUCUGAUACCUCUUUGAAAACAAAGCCCGAUGUGACUAAAUGUGUCUAUCUACUCUUCAGUGGUGUUGAGUCAUCCGUGUAUACAAGCACCUUGAGGAAGUUAGGCGCGUGCGAAACAAGCGACGCUACACUUGCUGACUAUGUCAUUACGGACGAUAUAAAGCGUACAUUAAAAAUAUUGUAUUCAAGAGCACGAGGUAUACCCAUUAUCUCAGUGGAUUGGUUAAAGGCAUGCAAGAGAUGUCGUAAAGAUUUUAAUCCAGAUCCACUUGACUUCAUCUACAUUAUGAUGCCAAACCUGAAAUUCAUCUACUGUCGAGUAAACAAUCACUAA